AUGCAGCAGCAGUUAGUAAUGGAAGAGGGAACGGCCUACGAGCCACCAACUUAUGAUGAAACAUUCCCAGAGCUUCCGGGCUCAUGUAACCAUACAACUAUUUCAAAUCAACUACCAGUUAACAACAGCAUGAGAGUUGGUUCGAAAACAGUAACAACUGUUUUCCAUGUACCAUUGGAGGAACGUAAGUUAGAUCACAGCGAUAAGUUUGGUGAAGGUGAGUCGAUGCGUACAUGUCAAGCAAUAAUGAAAGAGACAAAUGCACGCAUUGAGAUAUCCUCAUCGAAAAGUCAAACUCUUUCGUUUGUAUUGAGUGGUGUGCAAAGUCAAGUAUUAGAAGCACGUCGUAGAAUACUUGCGACUUUUCAAACUCAAGCAAGCAAGCAGAUAAGUAUCCCAAAAGAACAUCAUCGUUGGAUUUUGGGUAAACAACGUCAGCGUUUAAAUGAAUUGGAAAAAAAUACAGCCACUAAAAUAAACGUACCAUCUGUGGACGUACAAUCAGAUAUAAUAGUAAUUACAGGUACUAAAGAGGGAAUUGAAAAAGCUGAGCAUGAAAUAAAAGUUAUUUCUGAUGAACAAUCAAGGAAAGCAUUUGAGCGUAUUGUCGUUCCUAAAAUUUAUCAUCCAUUUAUUCGUGCUUUUAAAGACAAUACUAUUGGUAUGAAUGCUAAUACCAGUUUGAGAAUAAAUAUACCACCGGCAUCAGUUCAAAAUGAUGAGAUAACAAUUGCAGGUGAGAAAGAAAGUGUUGUUGCAGCUAAGAAAAAAAUAGAGAGCAUCUACAGAGACGUGGAGCAACGUUACAGCUCUGUGUCCGUUGAAGUGCCAAAAUCUCAGCAUAAAUAUGUUAUGGGACCCCGUAACACAACUAUUACUGAGAUAUUACAAUUAACUGGAGUUAGUGUUGAGAUGCCAAGUCCAGAUUCAUCAACAGGAACAAUAACACUACGUGGUCCUCAAGAAAAAUUAGGACAAGCUCUGGAUAAAGUUUAUGAAAAAGCUAAUAGUGUACGUACAGCAACUGUUGAAGCUCCGUCCUGGAUUCAUAAAUAUAUUAUCGGUCGUAAGGGUAGUAAUAUUAAAAAAAUAACUGAAGAUUUGCCAAAAGUGAAUGUUGAUUUUGCUGAAAAUGAUAAUAAAAUAAAAAUAGAAGGCCCUCCUGAGGAAGUUGAAAAAGUAAGAGAACAAGUUGAGGCUCAUGCUCAAGAUCUUAUUAAUAAAUUGACAUUUGUUGAACUUAAAGUUGAUCCUAGAUAUUUUAAACACAUUAUUGGUAAAAAUGGCAGUAAAGUUAAUCGAUUAAAAGAAGAAACAAACGUAUUUAUCAAUAUAUUUGAAAAAGAUGGUCAAAAUAUUAUUCGCAUAGAAGGUAAUCAAGCUGGUGUCACUGAGGCUGAAGCUAAAUUAAUGAAGACUGUUAAUAAAUUAGAAAAUGAAAAGGAGAAGGAUGUUAUUAUUGACCACCGUCAUUAUGCCAGUGUUAUUGGUAAAAAGGGUUUUAAUAUUAAAGAAAUAAGAGAAAAGUUUAAUAAUGUACAAAUAACAAUACCCGGGCCAAAUGAAAAAGAUGAUGUUGUUAAAAUACGUGGUCCUAAAUUAGAUGUUGAUAGGUGCCAUAAAUAUUUGAUGAAAUUGGCUAAAGAACUUGAUGAAAAUAGUUAUUCAAUAGAAGUACCAAUUUACAAGCAAUUUCAUAAAUUUAUCAUUGGUCGUGGUGGAAUGAAUAUACGUAAAAUACGUGAAGAAACUCAAACUAAAAUAGAAUUACCAUCUGAGGGCUCUGCUGAUGAAGUUAUUGUAAUCACAGGUAAAAAGGAAAAUGUUGAAAUGGCACGUGAUAUGAUUAAAAAAAUCCAAAAUGAAAUGAGUAACGUUGUAGAAGAAGAAGUUAUUAUACCACCAAAAUAUUAUAAUUUUCUUAUUGGCACUGGCGGUAAAAUAAUUCAUUCAAUAAUGGAGGAUUGCGGUGGGGUAACUAUUAAAUUUCCAACUGCAGAAAGUAAAAGUGAUAAGGUUAUAAUACGUGGUGUUAAAGAAGACGUUGAGAAGGCAAAACAACAAUUACUUGAACAGACUAAUGAAAAACAAUUGAUGAGUUUUUCAGACACUGUUCGGGCUAAGACAAUAUAUCACAGAUUUAUAAUUGGUCGUCAAGGAGCAAAUAUUAAAAAAAUAAAAGAAUCAACGGGUGCUCGUGUAGUAUUUCCGACUGACAAAGACGAGGAUCCUGAAAUUAUAACGAUUAUUGGUAAGAAAGAAGCCGUAGAAAAAGCUAAAGCCGAACUGGAGUUGGCAAUUAAAGAAAUUGGAAAUAUUAUCGAAGAUGAAAUAACUAUCGAUCCUAAACAUCACAAAUACUUUGUUGCUCGUCGUGGUGGUGUAUUAGCUCGUAUUGCUGAUGAAUGUGGUGGUCUGCAAAUUUUAUUCCCACGUGCUGGCGUUGACAGCGACCGAGUUAUUUUAAAAGGUUCUAAAGAGUGCAUAGAAGCAGCUAAACAACGUAUGCGAGAAAUUGUUCAUGAAUUGGAAUCAAAAAUUACUAUUGAAUGUAUUAUCCCGCAAGUACAUCAUCGAACAGUUAUGGGCUCUAAAGGAAGUAAGGUACAGAUGGUCACAUCUGAAUAUGAUGUACAGAUUAAAUUCCCAGAACGUGAACAAAUAAAUUAUGAUGAACAAUCUCUGCAAGAACCACAACAUGAGCAACAGAUCAAUGGUGAUAAAAAUCAAGAGACUGAAAUGAAUCACGGUCCACCUCCUUGUGAUAUUAUUCGUAUUACUGGACAGCCAGAAAAUGUUGAGAAAGCUAAAAAAGCGUUGUUAGAUCUAGUACCAAUAACUGUCCAAGUUGAUGUACCAUUUGACCUUCAUCGUCUUAUUAUCGGUAAAUCUGGUCGUGAUGUACGUGUACUCAUGUCUAAGUAUGACGUUCAUAUUAACAUAUCACCUGCUGAUCAAAAGAAAGAUUAUAUUGAAAUUUGCGGUGCUCCUGCAAAUAUUGAAGAGGCUAAACAGGCUAUUUUAGAACGUGUUGAAGACUUAGAAGCUAAACGACAAGAACGAGCACUUAAAUCAUACGAAUUAAAGUUUCAAGUUAGUCCAGAAUUUCAUCCGAAAUUAAUUGGCCGUGGUGGUGUAGUUAUUAAAAAAAUUCGUACUGAUUUUGAUGUACAAGUCGAUUUUCCUAAAAAAGGAGAUCCUGAAGAAAAUACCAUAACUAUCACUGGAUUUGAAAAAAAUACUCAUGAAGCUAAAGAAGAAAUUCUAAAGAUUGUUAAUGGUUUAGCUAAAGAAGAAAUCAAAAUCGAUUCUGCUGUCCAUUCACGAUUUAUUGGUGCGCGUGGUAAAAAUAUACGCAGGAUAAUGGAAGAUUAUAAAGUCGAGAUUAAAUUUCCACGAAAAACUGACUCAGAUCCUGAUCUAGUCGUUAUUAUCGGCAGUGAAGAAAAUGUCACUGAUGCACGCGAACAUCUUUUGAAUUUAGAGUAUGAAUAUUUGCAAGAUCUUGAGGAUCGUGAACGUACUAAGUCAAUCCGUGGGGGUAAACAUGAAUCAGACCGACCUCUUGGCAGCAACGAAAGUGAUUCAGGUUUUGUAGUAAAAGGAGGCCCAUGGGAGCAACAACAACAAUCACAGCAGCCAAGAAAUGCUCCAGACACUGCUAGUGUAGCGGACUUUCCGACAUUUGUAGGCCAUGAUUCGAAUCAAGUGUCUGUUGCUACGCCAGAAGGACCUUGGGGUAAACGUCGGGAUGUUCUCGCUAAUUCACUUAAGUAA